CCCACCCUUACGUUUGUCCCAAGCAUCUUCGAUCGGCCAAGAGCGAGGGCGCCGGCAUGACCCGCCACCGCCGCAGCCGCUCCGUGCUGGCCAUACUGGAAAACGACGAUCUCCUCUGGGAGAUACUCCUCCGCCUCCCGUCGCAGCCGUCCUCCCUCCUGCGUGCCUCCAUCGUUUGUAAGCGGUGGCGGCGCCUCGCCGCUUAUCCCAAGUUCCUCCGCCAGUUCUAUCAGCAUCAUCGGAAGCCGCCCCUCCUUGGCUUCUUUGAGUACCGCGAUGGCAUCAUGUUCACUCCAGUCCUGGACCCUCACGACCGUAUCCCUCUCGUGCGCUUCGACCUUCUACGAUAUGGCGGCCACCACGACGAUGACAGCGUGCUCCGCUUCCCCAUAGAGAACUAUGUGCUCGGGUGCCGCCACGGCCUUGUUCUCAUUGGAGACCAUUUGCGGAGAGAGGUCAUUGUGUGUGACCCCAUCACCGGCAAACAGUGCCCUGUGGCCGUCCCUUUGGAGUUACAGAGGGAGUGGUUCAACGGGGCCGUGCUCUGCGCUGCCCGCGAUCAGGGCCACGUACACGGCACAUGUCAUUCGAGCCCCUUUAAGGUGGUUUUGGUGUCCAUGUACAGAGAAUACAGAUCUAUUUAUGGCUCGCCCAUCGCCCGUGUUUAUUCCUCGGAGACUAAUACAUGGAGUGGUCUCAUCUCUAUAGAGGCUUCACGUAAUAACUGUGUUUAUUUUGGUCCUAGCACCCUUGUUGGUAGUGUCCUUUACUGGCCUUCACACAAUUGGGGCGACAAGAUACUUGAGUUUGAUUUGGACACGCAGAACCUUACCGUGAUAAAGGGGCCUCCUGGUGUGAAUUAUUCCGACAAUUUCCAAAUCAUCCAGGCAGAAGAUGGCGCCGUUGGUAUUGCUGUGUUGUCUUACAAUACCCUUCCACUAUGGCAGCGAAUGGUCAAUAAUCGAGGUGAUGCCAUAUGGUUGUCGUGCAAGAUUGUUCCAUUGCAUAACCUUAUUAACAUCCCUCCUCGAACUGGGAGAAAGAGGGAAUGUCUUGGAUUGGUGGGGUAUGAUGAGGCUACCGAUGUAAUCUUUUUAGGUACCCACGACAGUGUCUAUAUGGUUCAACGCAACUCAAUGCAAACCAGGAAACUAAAUGUGACCCAUUCUCUAUAUCGCUGUUAUCCAUUCACGAGUUUCUACCCACCAGGCACAACUAUUUCUGGUGGAACUAAUGAAGCAGAAAUAUUGCACAAUAUGUAGUGUGAUUGUCUAGUUUGAUGUGCUGAAACAGGCUAACGGGUGAAGGAAUGGUUGCUGCAUUUCCAUCAAUUUUGUUGUGUGGCAUCAAUGUGGUUGGCGGUGUUUAUAUAUUAUCUGCAAAAAUGAACUUACUAAGUAUGUGCCCUAGUCUAGCAUUGUUACUUAAUUCGUGGGAUGUGUUGGAAGACCUACUUUAUAUUUUAUCUGAAAACCAGAAAAUUGCUUCUGUCACCUUGAAUACUCUUAUCGUAUCUGGUUUUGCGGUUCAACUUUUGAAUGUAUUUGGGUUUGUAACUGCUGUUUGGAACGUUAAUAUGUGAAAUAGUUC